AUGCCCUACAAUUUUAAUAUUAAAGGUGUAGAACCAAGAAAAAAAGAGGGUGGAAUGUUUGUUAACUUUGUUUUUCGAGUUGAUCCAGCUCAAAAAAAGAAGGCAUUGGAAGAAAUAACUCAAAAAGUACAAACUUUUUUAAAAGAUAAGAGUAUUGUACCAUGGUUCAAUGUUCGUCCGACCGAGGCUUAUUUAGUUAAAGGAGAACCAUUUAUUGAAGAUUUAUCUAAUAGAUAUCCUGCAAGCCGUUUACGCGUUGAAUUUCAAGGGCCAGAUAUUCCAAUUGAAACUCUUUAUGAACAUUUUCGACCUUAUGGCUUAAUUCGUGACAUAAGCUUAUUGCCGGAAUCUUCUAAAGAUCUUCCACGAUAUGCAAUGAUACAAUACUCGAAAAUGCGAUCAGCUACCAGUGCCAAAAAUUGCAUACAUGGAAUGUUCGUGAAUGCCACGAGAUUGAACAUUGUAUAUGACAUGCCUCUUAAAACGAACAUGGUUUACAAUUGGAUGGCAUCUCAUCCAAGAAUUACCGUUCCACUUAUUGCUGCCACAGUCGCUGGUAUAACUUAUACUAUUUUUGAUCCUAUCCGCGUCUUCUUCAUUACAUCAAAAACCACACAACGGUUCAACAUUCAGGAAAAUCGCUUAUAUCAAUGGCUUAGGAAGGAGACGAUUGACCGAUUGAUGGCUUUUCGUGAAAAGUCAGAUGAUAAUGAUGAAUCCUUUGAAGAUCUUAGUACUUGGAAGGAAAGAGAACAGGAAGAAUCCAAGUUACGAAAUUGGCUCAAAGAACCACCAGAAACAUUUAUUGUUUUACUUGGUCCAAAUGGUAGUGGUAAAAGUAGUCUUAUCAAUAAAAUUAUACAGGAAAAGAGAAAUAAAGUAUUUAUUAAAUGCGAUGUUAUCCUUAAUUCUCGAGAUGAAAAUGAACUUGUGUCUAAGUUAGCAAGACAAGUCGGAUAUUUCCCUGUUUUCACACUUAUGGUUUCCUUAUCAAAUUUGGUUGAUGGAUUAGCCAGUGCAACUAUUGGGCAGAAAACGGUUGGAUUCUCCUCAACUACUGAUACCGAAAUUAAGAAAAUCCUUGAUGCUCUUACAAUUGCUUUGCAUGAUAUUGCACCUGAAUCUUUAACAAAGAAGUCAUGGUACGCUCACAAAAAAUCACGCGAUUAUCUUGAAUCUCCUAUGGUUGAAUCUUAUGAUUCAGCGGAAAUUCCUAUUGUAGUGAUUGAUGCUUAUAUGACUAAAGAUAAGGAAAGUCAUGAACUUUGGGAUCAUUUGGCAAAAUUAGCAGCUUUGCUUGUUGAAAAUAGAGUUGCUCAUGUAGUAUUUGUGAGUUCAAACAUUGGAAUUAUCAAGCACCUAAGUCGAGCUCUUCCAAAUAAGACAUUUAAUUAUGCUGUUCUUUCGGAUGCUCCUCAUGAAAGAGCAAUUGGUUUGGUGAAACGUCAUGUACAUAACAAAAAUCUUGAAGGAUUAGAAGCAGCUGUUGGUGCGCUUGGUGGUCGUUUAACGGACUUGAAACUUUUUAUCAACAAAAUACGUAGUGGACAAAAACCAAAUGACGCAUUGCAAGAUCUUGUUGCUAAAGCAAUAAUUGAUGUUCGUAAACUUGCAUUUGGUGAUGAUAGUGAGGAUGCAAAAACUAUUUCUUGGAGUGGUGUACAGUUCUGGAAAUUAUCAUAUGAUGCUGUCAAAUUUUCACCAAUAUUUAACGGAGAUGAUACUCCGAUCAGAGCUAUGGAACAAGCUGAAUUAAUAUCCAUUACCCAGUUGACAAAUGGACGCCCAUAUACUAUAAAACCUGGUAAACCGCUUUAUCAAGCAGCUUUCACAGAAAUAAUUUCUGAUGGUUUGUUUGCAGCGACUAUGGAACUUCAAACAGCUGAAUAUCUUUUAUCAAUAGAGAAUAACAAAAUUAAAAAGUUUGAAGAUGAACUUGAAAAAUUGGGAUCAUUAUUUGUUAAAACAGAUGGUAAAUGGCUAUUUGGUAGUGGACAUGUACCUGAACCUGUAGAACAUCGAGUAAAAUUCUUAUUAUCAUUAUUGAAGAAAAGACAUAUACGUGCGGAAGAAUAUCAAAAACAAAUUGAAGAACUUAAAAAAGUGGUUGCAAAAGGAGGUUAA